AUGAUUCCCUUCCAAAAAUUAUCACUGGUUCUCUACGCGCAAACCUCGCUCGCAUAUCACUUGCGUGAUGGGUUGGGCAAACUUCCAGCUCUCGGCUGGAGCUCUUGGAACGCGUUUGGCUGCUCUAUCGAUGCUCGCGUGCUGGCGACAACUGCUGACCUGCUGGUAUCCAAAGGCUUCAAGGCGGCUGGCUACGAGUACCUGAACAUCGACGACUGUUGGGGUGAUCUGGCCGGAAGGAAUAAUGUGACAGGUGAACUCCAGGCGGACUCCCAGAAGUUCCCAUCCGGAAUUCCAGGAGUGGCACAGUAUUCUCACUCGUUGGGUCUGAAACAAGGAAUCUACUCCAGCGCUGGCUUCCAGACUUGUCAGGGCUACCCUGCCUCUCUAGGACACGAGACGCUGGAUGCUGCCACUUUCGCAACGUGGGAGAUUGACUACUUGAAAUACGACAAUUGCAACGCGCCAUCUUCAUGGUACGACACGUGCUACAGUUGCGACCAGGACGACUAUUACAACCCUGACCUGGUGAACGGAACAUGUGUCGACCAGGAUGGUCUUUGCCCACCAAAUUAUGAUUAUGGAACAUGUAAGACUGCAGAACGCUAUCGACGAAUGGCAGAUGCAUUGCAUGCACAGAACAGAACUAUUUUCUAUAGUCUCUGUGACUGGGGUAUUAAUGAGCCCUGGAAAUGGGGCGCUUCAAUGGCCCAAUCGUGGCGGACGACGAACGACCUCACUGUCAACUUCACCCGCAUACUCAAUUUCGUCAAUCUAAAUACCUUCUGGCAGGAUUACAACGGCUUUUACGGACACAACGACAUGGAUAUUCUCGAGGUUUGCAACGGCUUGACACCUGCAGAGUCCCGCUCACACUUUGCCCUGUAUGCCAUCAUGAAAUCACCGUUGAUCAUUAGCACCGAUCUGGCGAGUCUGUCGGAUCAUGACACGGAACUUCUGCAAAACAAAUACCUCAUCGCUUUCAACCAAGACCCCACUUUCGCAGCACCUGCGGUGCCAUACAAGUGGGGACUCAACCCAGAUUGGACUUUCAACUCCACAUCCCCUGCUGAAUACUGGUCUGGUGAGAGUUGUGACGGCAGGCUCAUAGCCUUGUUCAACUCUGAAAAUACGACCAAGGCGAUGCAGCUGCGUUGGGGCGAAGUUCCGACCUUGCGUGACUUCCACAGCUACAAUGUCGUGGAUGUAUGGACCGGCAAGGAGGAGCCGUGUGUGAGAACUGGAGCUAAGCACUUCGUUGGAGGGCACGAUAUUGCGGUUUUUCUGGUGAAGUCGAGGUGCACGUAG